GAUCCUUGCUGUUCUGGUCCCGCCCCUGCCAAGAGCUCCUGCCGGAAGAUGGCGGCGGCCGCGGAGUUGAAGCUGCUGGAGAAGUCCCUGGGACUGAGUAAAGGGAACAAAUACAGCGCUCAGGGCGAGCGCCAGAUUCCCGUUCUUCAAACAAACAACGGUCCAAGUCUAACAGGACUGACUACUAUAGCAGCCCAUCUUGUCAAGCAGGCCAACAAAGAAUAUUUGCUUGGGAGCACCGCAGAAGAAAAAGCAGUAGUUCAGCAGUGGUUGGAGUACAGGGUAACUCGAGUGGAUGGGCACUGCAGUAAAGACGAUGUCCGCACUCUGUUGAAGGAUCUUAAUUCGUAUCUUGAAGAUAAAGUCUACCUUACAGGAUAUAACUUUACCUUAGCAGAUAUCCUGUUGUACUAUGGACUCCAUCGCUUUAUACAGAGGCAGAAGAUUCUCACUGCUGAUAAUCUAAGUAAACUGAGCCAACAGAGAUGGACUUUUGAGACUACCCAAGACAAUGUUAAAAGAUCAGAUAUUGAUACAGUAGUAUCCUCAUGUCUACGGUAAAAAAGGAAGGCAGGAUGAUUUGUAUCGGUUUUGCUUUUUUAAUUGCCUUCUAAUAAAUAUAAAGUGGAAAUAAUGAGUUCAGUUAAACAUCUGAGAGAAUAUUAUGUGACUGCCUUUUAAUUUUAUCAACAUUAUUUUAUAUUCUGCAAUAAAGUUUGCAUACUAGAGUGAUUUGUCCUCAGUUUUGUUGACCCAGGCAGAAUAUUUGCCUGUAGACACAAGUAUAUGCUAACUUCUGAACAGCCCCAGGACAGCUCUCUCACUAAAAGUGCCUUCCAGUAAGCAGACCUCUAAUGGAUUUGAACCACAGGAGGCUUUUUCCCUUGUGUAAAAUGUUCUAGUCAGUUUUACAGACACUUGUAAUAUCUGAAUAAAUGUGGAUUCAACAACAGCAAAAGGAACCACGCUAUCGUAAACAUGGGCCAUGGCUGUUAGUUACUGGCCCCCUGGCUCUCUCUUUACCUGACAACUCUCCUUGAUUCUAGUUUAAGAUUUGGCUUAGAGAAAAGUCGUUGAGUCACCUACUUUGGAAUUUGAGCCCAGUGAAAUGAUAGGACCGACUGUUUUUAUUACGUCUUUUUCUAAGGAGAUCUCUGGGCAUUCUUGUAGCUUGACAGGAAAUUGUGUGACCUGCUGCACUCAAUGGAGAUAGAGUUCAGCUUUGUGACAAACUUAAUUGAGAAGGUCUGUUCAUCUGAGGCACAUGCCACUGGAAAUAGCCCUUCCUUGUAUUAAGCAAUAAUCACUUGAAAUUAAGUGGGUCAUUGUCUUCCUGAGUACAGUUCUUCCUCAGAGUUAAUGAAAAGGAAGUGAUAGUCUCUCUCCAUCUCUCUCUCUCC